AGCAACCGCGUUCCAAACUUCAAGGAGGAAGGAGAGGAAGACAAACAGGAAGAACAGAUGAAGUCUCUAGCCAACGCCACGCCCCCAGGCGACAGCAAAUAUCCUCAUUGGUGGAGUCAGCAGGAGCAGGAGAUAGCGCAGUUCAAAACUCGUCUACGCUUCCUGGAUGAGAGUGAUCCGGCCCUCGAAAUUUCGCGAUCCACCGCCACAGGCUCUGUAUGUGCAAAUACCGAUCAGGACACUUGCAGAGUGAUCAAAAUUUCCAGAUCCGACUGGAUGAACAAGGAACCUCCAAUUUUGUCCGCACCAAACAGGCGUAAAGCCACAGAGCCGAGAAGGACGCGACGGUUUUUUAUCAAGGAGUUCCCUUCUCCGUCAACUACCACCGAGGCAGCAACCAACUUACAGGAUCCAAAGGCCGAAAAAAGGUUAAAACAACCCGGCCAAAUGAAAAUUUCCAUUCGAAGACAACGCAGCUCCCUAAAACGGCGUUUUCCUCCUGAGGAAAAAAUUGGAGAUGAAGGGCUAGUGGCCGAAGCUCAGGACGAAUACUGCCAUAGAUUGCACUUUGCGGACCGAAGCGGCAAUACGGCAGACCACAGGGUUAACGAGACCUCUACCGCCCCGGGAAACCGCAAAGUUACCAGUUCCAGCCGAUCUACAUCGCAUGGGGAGGAUUCUUGGCCACUGAAAGCAACCAGACAUGUUGCUAUACCGGACUUUCAACCCACAGGGAAACAACCUUCUUGCGGAGAAUCCUCAAUUAAUUCAAUUUCGUCCCAGUAUUCAGAAGACCUGCCCAUAUCGGAGGCGGAUGACCUCCUCCUUACCACCGUAUGUGGUCCCAAUAAUCAUCCCUCCCACGCUAGCCACCACUCCCCUCCUCCCCCUCCGGUUCCCACCUCCCAUCCCCGGAAAAUUCACCCCACCCAGACUCCUACACCUUCCCUGCCUCAACCAGUCAGUGCGAUUCGCGAGUGUGUUGAAAAGGAAUCAGUGAUCUAG